AUGCCUAUCAACCAACCCUCAAACCAGAUCAAGUUCACGAACGUAUCGAUCGUCCGACUAAAAAAAGGCAAGAAACGCUUCGAGCUCGCCUGCUACAAGAACAAACUGCUCGAAUACCGCUCCGGCGCCGAAAAAGACCUCGACAAUGUCCUCCAAGUCCCGACGAUCUUCCUCUCCGUCUCGAAAGCCCAAACCGCGCCCUCGGCCGAACUCACCAAAGCCUUCGGCUCCUCCAUGACGUCCGACGAGAUCCGCCAGGAGAUCCUGCGCAAAGGCGAAGUGCAGGUCGGCGAGCGCGAGCGCAAGGAGAUGCUGGAGCGGGUUGAGAAGGAGGUGCUCGACAUCGUGUCGGGGAGGCUGAUCGACCCGAACACGAAACGGGUGUACACGCCGGGGAUGAUCUCAAAGGCCCUGGACCAGUUGAGCUCGGCGAGCGGACAGCAGCAGCAGCAGCAACAGCAGGAAGGUAACGGCGGGGCCGCCGCGGCUGAGGAGAACGGGUCGACACAGCCGCGGAAGCCGCUAUGGACGGGCGUGACGCCGACUAAGUCCGCGAAGAGUCAGGCGCUGGAGGCUAUGAAGGCGUUGAUUGCGUGGCAGCCGAUCCCGGUGAUGCGGGCACGCAUGCGGCUGCGUGUCACGUGUCCCCUGUCGCUGCUGAAGCAGUCUGUCAAGGGCGCCGCGGCGGCGGGCGCGGGCAAGGAGAAGGAGGCGCCUUCUGGCGGGAAGCCGAACAAGAAGGGCGGGAAGGGGGCGAAGGGCAAGGCUGCGCGACAGCAAGAUUCGGAUGCGGAGGGGGCAUCGGAUGCGGAGGCGGCGCCAGCGGCCAAAGCCCCGAGUAACGUCAAGGACAAGAUUAUGAGCUACAUCGAGUCGGUCGAGAGCCAAGAGGUGGUUGGUGGGGAUGAGUGGGAGGUGGUAGGUUUCGCGGAGCCGGGUGCCUUCAAGGGGCUGAAUGAGUUUGUUGGCACCGAGACUAAGGGAAGAGGCCGAGUUGAGGUAUUGGAUAUGGCGGUCACCCAUGAAGAUUAG